AUGGCCAGCAACAACGGCGCAGGCGGCGAACGCGCAGCAGAGCAAACCAAAGGCAUUUUCAAAGGCAUUGGCGACGCGACCGAGUCCCUCCGGAAGAAUGUCAACGCCUUCGCCGACGACAUGAUCGGCGGCAAAUCCAACACCCACGCCAACACUGCCGACCGCGAUCGCGAGUACACCACCGGCCACGUAGCAGGCAGCGGCACAACCCACGAUGCGAGCACAGGUGUCGGAGCCUCGCAUCCACACGACAGACCUGGAGGAGGGCCACUGUCUAGCCAUGAUACUACGGGCUUGACUGGAAACCACAGCACUACCACUACUGGGCCAGGCAGUCAUUUUGCGGGCCAUGGAAACACUGCCGGCACCACAGGCACUGGUCUGACAGAUGCACACAACACCGCUGCGACGGGCACUACGAACACUGCAAACACGGCCAGCACGGGUAUCCACCCAGAUGCUCAGAAGACGGGGGCGGGUAUCGGGGCUGCUGUUGGGAGGGCUGGCGAGAAGAUUGAGGAGAAGACUUCUUCAGGAGGGGUUACUCAUACCAGCACUGGACACGGUGCUACCUACACCAGACAGGCGCACGAGGAUGAGAAGUUAUGCCCACAGCAAUUGAAACGAGUAACGAAGAGCACGAUGCAGAGCCGAGAUAGAUUGCUUCAAGAUACGCCGACGUACCAGAUCAAUCGAGACCAGAUGACCGAUUCUCUGCCUUUCUUAUCGCUUUUCGUGAAUCACAGUAGCUACCAGGCUCAUCGUCGUAACAAUCUUGCACUCACUCGCCCGUCCAAGAACGAUGACAGAAUGUUUCACGACGUUACAUGA